GUAUGGACGUCACUAUUCCUGUGGCGCUCAAGAUACUGUGUCGCUGCCCUUCACCGUCACUGGUGGCUCUAUCACAAACCUCUAUCGCUUUGUGACCUGCACUAGUCGUGGGAGGCGUAGGAAGGGUUCAGGGAUACCCAGGAAACCUAGAAAUGGGAGAGAAAGGAAGAACUCAGUCUGUGAUCAAUAUUACACAAGUUACAAGCAAUGCUUCUCCGCAAGCAUAUUUACAUUCAGCCAGCUGCACCUGGUUACUUACUGACUGAUAAGAAGACUGGAGGACUUGAGGAUGACAUGGUCAGCUGGCUUUGUUGAAAGUUUAAUUUCCUCAGGCCUCCCGGACUCGUUUGUUGAGGCGAAUAGAAGGAAGCUUCCAGUUUUUUACUAUAUUUUAUUCAUUAGAACUUUAUGAAGAUUUUAUCCUCCACCUCAAGUGCCAUAAAUGAACUCAGUGGCCUUUGAGGAUGUAGCUGUGACCUUCACCCUGGAGGAGUGGACCUUACUGGAUCCUUCACAGAAGGAACUCUAUAGAGAUGUGAUGUGGGAAACCUUCAGGAACCUGGCCUCAGUAGGAAUAAAAUGGGACAAUCCAGACAUUGAAGAUCAGUACAAAAACCAGGGGAGAAAACUAAGAAGUCCAGUGGUAGAAAGAUUCUGUGAAAGUAAAGAGGUUGGUCAGUGUGGAGAAAACUUCAACUUUAUUUCAAAUCUCAAUCUGAAGAAAACUACUGGAGUGAAACCCUAUGAACGCAGUGUAUGUGGAAAAGUCUUUAUUUAUCAUUCAUCCUUUGAUGGACAUAUCAGAUGUCACCCUGGACACAGUCUGUCUGACUAUCAGAAAUGUGGAGAGAAGCCAUAUAAAUGUAAGGUAUGUGGGAAAGCCUUUAGUUAUCUCCAGUAUUUUAAACAACAUGAAAGAAAUCAUAAUGGGGAGAAAACUUAUAAAUGUAAAAAACGUGGGAAAGUCUUCAUGUACCGCAAAACCCUUCAAAAACACAUGAUGAAAUACACUAGACAUUCUCCUUAUAAAUGUAAGGAAUGUGGGAAAGUCUUCAGUUGUUCAAAUUCACUUCAGUUACAUGAAAGAAUGCACAUUAGAGAGAAACACUAUGAGUGUAAACAAUGUGGAAAAGCCUUCAGCAGUUAUCAAAGUCUUCAAAUACAUGAAAGAAGUCACAGUGGAGUGAAACCCCAUGCAUGUAAAAAAUGUAGGAAAGUGUUCAGAAGUCUCAGUUAUCUUCGAAAUCAUGAAAAAAAUCACAUCGGAGAGAAGUCCUAUGAAUGUAAAAUAUGUAGUAAAGCAUUUAGGUAUCCCAGUCGUCUUAAAAUACAUGAAAGGACACACACUGCAGAGAAACCCUAUGGAUGUAAGGAAUGUGGAAAAACCUUUAGAUAUUAUCAAAGUCUUCAAACACAUGAAAGAAGCCACACUGGAGAAAAACCCUAUGUAUGUAAAACAUGUAGUAAACCAUUCAGUUGUCUUGGUAAUCUUCGAAAACAUGAAAGAAAUCACAUUGGAGAGAAACCCUAUGUAUGUAAAAAAUGUAAUAAAGCAUUUGUUUAUCUAAGUUCUCUUCGAAAUCAUGAAAAAAAUCACACUGGAGAGAAGCCCUAUGAAUGUAAGGAUUGUAGAAAAACAUUUAGAUGUUAUCAAAGUCUUCAAGUACAUGAAAGAAAUCACACUGGAGAGAAACCCUAUAUAUGUAAAAAAUGUAGUAAAGCAUUUAGUUGUCUCCCUUAUCUUCGAAUACAUGAAAGAACUCAUACUGGAGAGAAACCAUAUCAAUGUAAGGAAUGUGGAAGAGCCUUCAGAUAUCAUCAGAGUUUUCGAAAACAUGAAAGAAAAUUCAUUGGAGAGAAGCCCUAUGAAUGUAAGGAAUGUGGAAAAGCCUUCAGAUGUUAUAAAAGUUUUCGAAGCCAUGAAAGAACUCACACUGCGGAGAAACCCUAUGAAUGUAAAAUAUGUGGUAAAGCAUUUAGGUAUCCCAGUCGCCUUCAAGAACAUGAAAGAACUCACACUGCAGAGAAGCCCUAUGAAUGUAAGGAAUGUAGAAAAGCCUUUAGAUAUUAUCAAAGUCUUCAAACACAUGAAAGAAGUCACACUGGAGAGAAACCCUAUGUAUGUAAAACAUGUAGUAAAGCAUUCAGUCGUCUCCGCUCUCUUAAAACACAUGAAAGAAAUCACACUGGAGAGAAACCCUAUGUAUGUAAAAAAUGUAGUAAAGCAUUUAUUUGUCUCAGUUAUCUUCGAAAUCACGAAAAAAAUCACACUGGAGAAAAGCCCUAUGAAUGUAAGGAAUGUAGAAAAGCCUUUAGGUGUUAUCAAAGUCUUCAAAUACAUGAAAGAAAUCACACUGGAGAGAAACCAUAUGUAUGUGAAAAAUGUAGUAAAGCAUUCAGUUGUGUUUCUUAUCUUCGAAGUCAUGAAAAAAUUCACACUGUAGAGAAACCCUAUGAAUGUAAGGAUUGCGGAAAAGCCUUCAGAUAUUAUCGUAAUUACCGAAUACAUGAACGAAAAUUCACUGGAGAGAAGCCCUAUGAAUGUAAGGAAUGUGGAAAAGCCUUCAGAUGUUAUAAAAGUUUUCGAAGACACAAAAGGACUCACACUGGAUAGAAACCCUAUGAACGUAAAAUGUAGUAAAGCAUUUAGUUAUCCCAGUUAUCUUGAUUGCAUGAAAGAACUCAUAUUGUAGAGAAGCCCUAUGAAUGUAAGGAAUGUGGUAAAACCCUUCAGACAUUAUCAAAGUCUUCAAACACAUGAAAGAGCUCACACUUGAGAGAAACCCUAUGAAGGUAAAACAUGUAGUAAAGCAUUUAGGUAUUCCCAUUAUUUCGGAAGACAUGAAAAAAAAAUGACAGUGGAGAGAAACUACGAAUGUAAAUAUGGAAAAACCUUCAGAUGUUAUAAAAGUUUUUGAAGACACAAAAGGAGUCACUAUGGAGAAACCUUGGGAAUGUAAACAAUGUGUCAAAGCCUUCAAAGAUUACUCUUGCUUGCAACCAAAUGAAAGAAGUACUGGAGAGAAACCCUAUGAGUGCAAGAAAUGUGGGAAAGCCUCUCAUCAUCUUAAAAAUACACAUGAGAAGGCACACAGGAGAGAAACCCUAUGAAUGUAAAGAAUGUGGUAAAGCAUACAGAGAUUACAGUGCCUUAGAAAAGCACAAAAGAACUCAGAAGCCCUAUGAACGUAAGAAAGUUGAAAAAUCCUUCAAAUGUUAUCAAAGUGUCAAAAACAAAACAAAAUCCAACCAAAUAAAUGUGAAGGCCUAAUUGGCUUUAAUUAAGCAAUGUAUGAAUUUGGCAGCAUCCCAUUUAGCAAUUAGAGGGAUGCUCUGAGGGGUUGCACAAAAUGGAAGCUUUUUAUAGGGUGGGGCAAAGGAGCUAUUGACAAAAGGAAAGAAAGGGUUAUUUGGGGUCUGGAUAUCUUUUCUUUGGGAAAAGAGAAGGAGAAUGUUACUAUAAUGCAGAUUGCCUCUUUCUGUGGGGUAUGGGAAGAGCCCAUGUGACACAUUACCUUACAAGUGCUUGAUCAGAAUAUUUCAUACUGGUAGAUUAUGUUUCUGGGAGAGGCUGAAACUGCAAUUAGAUUAGGUGAUAUGAAAAUCAAGAUUUGGGCAGGGCAGGGUCAGUGCCUAGAAAAGCUGUCCCCAGGUAACAGUUAUGCAGUCCUUGGGGAGCCACUGAUGAUGGGGAGAGGGCCAGGUUUCAUGUGUCCUGGGGAAUCUGCAUUUCUCCUGCAGUAGAAGCCAUUUGAACUUUUUCAACUGUAUCAGUAGCACGGUAUUUUUGUAUGAAAAGUGAGAGACUUCUGAACAGUGACUCAUUUAACUGCAAUAUUUUGAAAUCUAAAAAAAAACUUAAAAAUCAAGGUUUGGUAUAAGGGCUGUUAGUAUGAGUGAUAUUAUUUGGGGCCUGUGGUUUUUUAACAUGUUUUAGAAGACAAGAAAGGAAAUCACACAAGAGAGAUAUCCAAUGAAUGUAAAUUGGAAAAGCCUACAGAUACUACAGUUCCUUACAAACACAAAAAGACAGAGGAGAGAAACACGGUGAAUGUAAGUGAUGUGGUAGAGCUUUCAUUUCUCAUCUAGGUUUUAAAAUACAUGAAAGAAUUCACACUGGAGAUAUUCUAUGGAUGUAAACAUUGUGGUAAAGCCUUCAUUUGAAGACACGUGAGAGUGCACACUAGAGAGACAUCACAUAAAUGUAAAGAAUGUGGAAAGACUUUAAUUAUCCCAGUUCCUUCCAAAGGAAUGAAAGGAUUCACUGGGGAAAACUUCUUGAAUGUAAACUAUAGGAAGGACUUUAGUUGGCUCACAUUUUUACUUGUGAAAACUCAAAUGAAAAAUAAAUAUAAAUGUAACGUGUAAACUUUCAAUGUGAAAGAGUUGUUAAUAAAAUUGUAAAUAUA